UGGAUUCUUCACAAUUCUUUCUCUCUAGUGGGUGCCUCUACCAUCUUCUCCUGACACCAUUGAUCAGUCUAAAGCAGACAGCUCGAGGAAGAAACGGUGCAAUGUCCGAAUCUACUUGCAGUCCAACCCGAUAAUCCCAUACUAUCCCCUUCCUGAAACACAUACACGUCGCUCUAGUGAACCAUACUGUGAUGGGACAUCUUUCUUCGAGUCGGGACGAAGUUGACGUGACAUGACAACCAUCUUCAACAACACGGGAUUUGUGCCCAUGGCAUCCCAUCCGGCCACGGCAUCAAGCAGCUACCAGCAAACGAGGCCGUCCAGUUCCUUCUCUGGCCCGCGUGUUCAGCGAGAUACACACCCAGAAGAACCCAUUCCGACCGAAGAUGCCUCCACGGCGGAUUCCAACCCCGGGCCCGAUGCCCACCCGCACGUGUUCACGCCUUAUGCGAUAGAGGAGCCAGAGGACGAGGAGAAGGAAGACGCAGCCAUGCAGCGGCCUUCUCUCCACAGGCUCCCAGCUCUGAUGGAGCUGCCAUGGGCGAAUGUCGACUAUGACCAGGGAGAAUUAGUCCACUCCAUGGAGGACCUCCGUUGCGACUCCGACUACAGCGAUUGCUGGCUACACGGCAAACUUCACCGGGGCAAGAAGAGAAAGCCUACCCGGCCGUCCCGGCAAAUGUCGGGUGAAACAGCCCCGGAUACACGGGGCGGUGUGUCCGGUUUCAGCCCAAAGAAACGGCGCAGGAGCCUACGAUCCGGAGAAGAUGUGGAUAUUGAGCCACUGUCUUCUCAGAUGUCUGAAUCAAAUGAGUCGGUAUCUUCUGGCAGCGGGAAUUCCGAUUACCCGUCGUCUGAUGUCAGCAGUGUCAAUGCGCCGGACGACUCUGCUGCGCCUGAUCAGAUGGACAUCGACUGAGGUUACUAUUCCGAUACAUCUCUUGCUAUCUACCUCGUUGUACCGAGUGCCUCACAUAGCUGCCCGGUUGCAUUCUCCAUUACUCAAUUAUGCGAGGAUGAUGCAUCACGUUGUCCGCUCUGUCAAAAAAGCGAAGACAGCUCGCGCUCGGUUCAAUGGCUAAGUAGGGGCCGUGGAGAUGGUAUCAGAAAUCGACGUGCUUCCAACCAGCUGGAGCGGCAUGGGAUAUUGGAUCCCAUAUCUUGUUGCCAUCAACACCAUCACAUCAGGCGACAAUGGCCAACGGAUGGUCAUUGCAACGCAAUCUAUGCGGUGCAGAUGGCUGGGAAGGCAGUAGAUAGACUCCGUUCUAGGCCGGACACAGCCAACUACUAAAAACCCAACACCAAGCUAUCUAGACCACGGGAAAGGCGCAGGCCGUCCACCCAAUAAACCAAAUAAAACCUCCUACAUGUAACCCAAAGCAAGUAAACCGCAUACCCUAAACCCCAACGGGAAAUACACACUGCUACUCUGACGGCGUUGGGUCUGGCCGGAAGAACCUCAGCGGUGACGUCAUGCACUCCUCAUUGCGGCCACAGAAGAUGAAACCCGACCGGUUAUAACAGGAAUCCCA